AGGGAGCCACAGGGAGGAGGUCACAUUGUUUGGGGGUGGGGAGGGUGUUGCAGUUUAGGAAGUCAAACCAGGGCAGGAUCUUCACUGUGAAUGGCGGGGCGCUGGGGGAAUGUGUGGAGCCGAGGGAUCUAGGAGUGCGGGGUUUAGGAGCCGUUGCUGUGGACGGAGAGACAGGGACCUGAGCGGCCAUGGAGGUCGGCCAGGGUUCCGGUGAGCCCCACAUCUGCUCGGUGUGCGGGCUGAGCUUUGAGGGGCUAGCGGCGGUGGAGGACCACAUGACCGGGCACAACAAGGAGAAGCAUUAUGAGUGCGACGUGUGUGGCAAGACUUGGCAGAACCCGAGCCAGCUGAAGACCCACCGGCGGGUGCACAGCAGUGAGCGGCCCUUCGCCUGCUUUGACUGUGGCAAAGGCUUCAAGUCGUCAGCGGACUUGAAGGUGCACAGGCGCUUGCACACCGGGGAGCGGCCGUACACCUGUGGUGACUGCGGGAAGGGCUUCACACGCUCCAACAGCCUGCUGGAGCACCGGCGCUCCCACACCGGCGAGCGCCCCUACACCUGCACCCAGUGUGGCAAGAGCUACACCCGCUCCAAAAAUCUGCUGGAGCACCAGCGCACCCACACCGGCGAGCGGCCCUUCACCUGCGCCCAGUGCGGCAAGAGCUACACCCGCUCCAACAUCCUGCUGGAGCACCUGCGCACCCACACCGGCGAGCGCCCCUACACCUGUACCCUGUGUGGUAAGGGCUUCAUCCGUCCCUCUGGCCUGUUGUCCCACCAGCAGGUGCACACCGGCGACCGUCCCUUCCCCAGGCCCUUCGGGUGCUCCGACUGCGGCAAGGACUUCAAGAAGGAGUAUGAUCUGAAGGUCCACCGGCGGGUGCACACGGGAGAGAAGCCCUACGGCUGCUCUACCUGCAGCAAGAACUUUGCCCGGUUGUCGGGGCUACGGCAGCACCGACGGGUGCACAGCAGUGAGCGGCCCUUCACCUGCUCCGACUGCGGCAAAGGCUUCAAGUCGUCGCCAGACCUGUUGAAGCACAGGCGUCUGCACACCGGGGAGCGGCCCUACACCUGCAGCGAAUGCGGCAAGGGCUUCACCCAGUCCAGCAGCCUGCUGGAGCACCAGGGCACCCACACCGGCAAGCGCCCUUUCACCUGCAUCCAGUGCGGCAAGGGCUUCACCCGCUCCAUCAAGCUGCUGUCCCACCAGCGGGUGCACACCAACGACCGUCACUUCCCCACCCCGGUGAGUGGAGAGGGCUUUGCCAUGGCCUCCCACGCCCUGUCUCGCCAGCGCGUGCACACAAGUGGCCAGCCCUACGACUGCCCGUACUGUGGUGAGGCGUUUCACAGCUCGCGGGAGUUGCGUCAGCACCGGCGGGCCCACGCAGGCGAGCGGCUGCUCCCACGCAAGCGAGUGUUUCAAGAGCACACGGAGGUUGUGGGAGCACCAGCGGUUACACAGACCAUGACGAAGAAGGGUUUAGGAGCCGUUGCUGUGGACGGAGAGACGGGGACGUGAGCGGCCAUUGAGGGUGGCCAGGGUGCCGGUGAGCCCUACAUCUGCUCGGUGUGCGGGCUGAGCUUCGGUGGAGGACCAUGUGACGGGGCACAACAAGGAGAAACGUUAUGAUUGUGGCGUGUGUGGCAAUUCCUGGUAGAACCCGUACCUGCUGAAGACCCACCGGCGGGUACACACGGCAGAACAAAUCUUCGACUGCUCAGAGUGUGGCAAGAACUGCAGCUGCUACGAGGUCUGGCUCCCAACUACCGAGUGCAGUCUGACGAGAGGCGCUUUACCUGCUCUAACUGUGGCAAGAGCUUAAAGACAUCAUAUGAUGUGAAGAUCCACUGGCGAGUGCACAGCGGUGAGCGGUCCUUCACCUGCUCCGACUGCGGCAAAGGCUUCAAUUCAUCGCUGGAACUAUAGGUGCACAGGCACCUGCACACCGGGGAGUGGCCCUACACCUGCAGCGACUGUGGAAAGGGCUUCACCCACUCCCAACAGCCUGCUGGUGCACCAGUGCACCCACACCGGCGAGCGCCCCUCCACCUGCGACCAGUGCGGCAAGGACUUCAUCCACUGCAACAGUCUGCUGUACCUCCGCUGGUGACCGUCGCUUCCCCAGCCCGGUGUGUGGAUAGCGCUUUGCCAUGGCCUCCCAUGCCCUGUCUCACCAGCACAUGCACACAAUUGGCCAGCCCUACAACUGCCCGUUUGACAGCUGAAGGGGGUUGCGGGAGCACUGGUGGGCCCACACCGGCGAGCGGUUUCUCCCACUGAUGCAAGUUUUUCAAGAGCGUGCGGGGGCUGCGGGAGCACCAGCGGAUACAAAGACCAUGAUGGAGAAGGGUUUAGGAGCCGUUGCUGUGGACGGAGAGACGGGGACGUGAGCGGCCAUUGAGGGUGGCCAGGGUGCCGGUGAGCCCCCCCCCCCCCCCUCUGCUCUGUGUGCGGGCUGAGAUUUGAGGGGCUGAGCUUCGAUGGAGGAUGGAUGACGUGUGUGGCAAGGCCUUGAAAGCGCCCGAGCCUGCUGAAGACCCACCAGCGGGUGCACACGGGAGAACGCCCUUUCAACAGCUCGGAGUGUGGCAAGGUCUUCACCAGCUCCAGCCAGCCUGCUGUGGCACAACCGCGUGCACUCCGGCGAGAGGCCCUUCGGUGCUCCGACUGCGGCAAGAGCUUCAAGACGACACAUGAGCUGAAGAUGCACUGGCGGGUGCGCACAGGCGAGGAGCCCUAUGGCUGCUCCACCUGUGGCAAGAGCUUGGGGCUGCGGGUGCCCCGUCGGGUGUCAGCAGUGGGUAGCCCUUCACUUGCUCCGACUGAUGCACAGGUGCCUGCACUGCACACCGGGAAGCACCCCUGCACCUGCACCCUGUGCGGCAAGGGCUAUAAGCUGCUGUCCCACCAGUAGGUGCACACCGGUGACCAUCCCUUUACCAGGACCUUUGGCUGCUCCGACUGCGGCAAGAGCUUCAGGGCAGCGUAUGACCUGAAGGUCCACCGAAGAGUGCACAUGGGUAGGAGCCCUUUGGCUACUCCACCUGCGGCAAGAGCUUUGCCCGGUUGUCGGAGUUGCGAGUGCACCGGCAGUGUGGAAGAAAAAUUAAUAUCUUUCCUUACUUCAUUUUAAUUGGAAUUGAACAAGGUAACGAAGGGUGUUUUGGAUGUGACAAUUGGAAGCUCUCGCUUGUGCAGCUGCAGAAGAGGGUCGUGGGAAUCGGCAAAGUAAGAUUAGACGUAUUACCUCUUGUCUGCGAAUGUGUUGAAGGGUGGAUGGUAAAUGUAAACAUGAAAUAGUAGAAGAUAACAAAGCUUGUUGUUCCCCAUAAAAAUGUUACUGUAAAUGGGGGGCUCAUGAUUGGCUUGGAGAGGAGAUGGUGGCGUGGGCCACCUGAAAGGUGAGAUAGAAUAAUGUCAAGAUGCCCUUGUAUUGGGUUUGACGUAUUAAUCAUCUAAUGUUGAAUAAGAUUAACAUAAGCGACAAGUAUGUUAUGACUAAUGAAAUAAUUGGUACCGUAUAGUUGAUAGAAUAUUUUUGUAGAUUAUUAUCUAACAAAAGUAAACAAAAGUUGUUAACUGCACAGUAUAACUGUAGGCUAAUUCUGCAGUGAAGUCAGAGAAAAGGUGAGCAGUUUACUGCCACCAUCUCUCAUGAUAUCAUGCAAUAAAGUAUUUUGAAGCAAA